UCUUCACACAAUCAUUGACUUAAAUUUGAUUCAUUGCUUAUAUGAGCUGAUAAGAAUAUAUCGUUUAUAUAUUGAUACUCUUACUUAAUCCUAUUAAUCGCAUAUUUUGCGAGCAGGGAUUUGAAUUUCGGCUUUCUUAUUCCUUCGUCUCAGCUCAGGCGCUGUGAUUGGCUACAAACAAUGGAAUUCAAGGCGGCGUUGCCUAGCAACGGAACAGUCAAUCAACGUUAGAAAACCUCCCCGUUGUUUGGUACUUUACGUCAAACUCUGGCGCCCCUUAGUGGCGACUACUGAAAACUACAAGGUAAAACGGUUACCUUGGCAACUGUCUGUGUAUAUCUCACCCUGGCUGCUGGACAUUAACAAAUAAGUUCACCAGAGCGGCUGUAAAUGUUUUAAUUUACCCGACAUUGUUUGAAAUAAUCAAGACUGUGGAAAUGGAUACGUCGGUGGUGCUGCCUGUUGAAGCUGAGGGGAUUAUUCAAAGUUUGGAUAUUUUCUCCCUCAAAGAAGUGGGUUCUGCGAGGUGGUUCAGACAACACGAACAUAUUGAGAGACUAAACAUGCAGGCCAUACUGAAUGCUUCAGCCAUGCACGAUGAGUUUGUCAAGGAGCUCCUGGUGUCCUUCGGAAAGAUACCUGUUCUGGUCCAUGAGAUGAUCCUUGUGGAGAUGUGGAAGCAGAAAGUGUUCCCCAUCCUAUGCCAGCUGCAAGACUUCAAUCCUAAGUGCACCUUUCAUCUUUACAUGCUGAUCCACCAUGAGGCUACAAUCAUCAACCUGCUUGAAACAGUGUUGUUUCAUAAGGAUUCCUGUGAGGCAGCUGGUGAUUCUCUUCUUGACUUGGUGGAUUACUGCCAUCGUAAACUCACUCUGCUGGCCAGUGAGGCAACCAAGGGCCGUGCUGCGGCUCAUGAUCGACAGAACCAGCUAUCCCCUAUAGAGGAGCUGCAGACGCAGAAUGCGGCACUGGAGUUUGAAAUCUCUCUUAAAGCUGUAUCUGUCCUGAGCUACAUCACAGAUCAUUCUUACAGCAUCAGUGUCAUCAAUCGUGUGCUGUGUACGCACAAUAUGCCAUGUGUGCUGGUUCAGCUGAUAGAGUCCUGCCCCUGGAGUCGGAGCGUAAACGGUGAAGUAGAAAAGAACAUUAAUGGCAAAUGGCAGAGGAUUCCUCCUGAGGACCAUUUGAAGAUGACUAAACUUGAUGGCCAGGUCUGGCUGGCUCUGUACAGUUUGAUACUAAAGGAAGAAUGUCAAAGAAAAUACGACUUCAACAAUUUCAACAAGAACCAACUUCUAAAGCUCAGGAGUUUUUUGACAGACGUGCUGAUCGAUCAGCUGCCGAUCCUGGCUGAGCUCCAGCGCUUCCUGGCUCAUCUUGCUGUCACAGACCCGGCUCCACCAAAGAAAGAGCUGAUUCUAGAACAGAUCCCAGAAAUGUGGAGCCAGAUUGUCAGAGACAAUUCUGGGAAGUGGAAAGCAAUAGCAAAAUAUCAGGUCAAAGAAACAUUUAGCCCAUCUGACAGUGACUUACAACAUCAGGCCCAGAGGUUGGCCCAGACAUACAACUUGGAUGUCAUGGAGCGUUUGCUCCCAGAGAAACCAAAGUGUGGAUCCUGUGGUAAAGAGGCUUCAAAGAGAUGCUCUAGAUGCCAGAUAGAGUGGUACUGUAACAGAUCAUGCCAGGUGAAGCACUGGCCUAAACACAAGAAGGCCUGCCAGCUGAUGACUGACACUAUGGAGAGGAUCCAGGAGGACAUGCAGAUAGAGAGCCAAGAUAAUCCGCUUUAACCGGAGAAUGAUGAAGAGGAACCAACAUUUCUAGAUAGAAAACAAAUCUCCAUUCUCCAUUUGCACGAUGCUGAAACAUGACAUUUGUGAUGUAUGUGAUAUCCUGCAGAAAUCCUAAAUAGAAUUUAAUGUUUAGUGUUUUUUUAACAUAAUAAAGUUUCAAAACAUUGUGUC